AUGACUGAGGAAAAUAUAUAUUAUACCUUAGGAAAUGAAUUUACCAUCUGGUCAACUUACGUUUUGGAAGGAUGUGCAGGUUUUAUCAUAUAUCCCUUAACUUUGAUAGUAAUUCUGAUAAUUUUAUAUUAUCCUAUUUUGUUUGCAUUUUUUCUAAUGUAUGUAAACAGUGCAAUAUUUUUUGUAUGGAAAAUAGUUGGCAAUCUGCCAGAUGAUGUUGAUAGCAAGGAAUGGGACAAGCCAAAGAAAUGUUUGGCACUGGCAGCUAAUUGGUAUGGAAAAAUACUACACAGUUAUGAGGUUUCUGGAGUAGAAAAUAUACCAAAAGAACCAGUGAUAUUUGUUUAUUACCAUGGAGCCUUAACAAUCGACCUAUUUCUUUUUAUCUAUAAGAUGUAUAUACUUACUGGGAAAUUCAUGUAUUCUGUGGCGGAUCAUGCUAUUUUUUAUCUACCAGGACUAAAUCGGUUCUUUGCACUCCACUACUUUGUUAAUCCUACAAGAGAAAAGAGUGUAGACAUUCUGAAGCAAGGGCACCACUUGACAGUUGCACCAGGAGGACUGCGAGAGCAGAACUAUGGAAAUAACCAUUACAAACUAAUAUGGGGGAAACGGAAAGGAUUUGCUCAUACAGCCAUAAAUGCAAAAGUGCCAAUUGUCCCUGUGUUUACACAAAAUACUAGAGAAGCAUAUAUAUCAUACGGAAAUAUAAGACCAUUGAGAUUGUUAUAUGAACGAACACGAUGCUUCGUCUUUCCAUUAUGUGGAAUGUUUCCAGUUAAACUUAUAACCCAUAUUGGAAAACCAAUUCCAUAUGAUCCAAAUAUAUCUGCUGAAAAAUUAGCUGAAAAAACUCAAAGGGCAAUAGAGGCUUUACGGGACAAACACCAGGAAAUCCCAGGAAGCAUAUUUCAUGCUCUUAAGCAACGCUUUGAGACAUGUAACAAAGAAAAACAGUGA